AUACUGCAUUGCUCGUCCAAAUUAUCUGCCUCGCUUGGUCCCGUACCUCCGAUCUUCAUGAAGACAGUCGGUCAUCAAGCUGCUAACUGCCCCAAGGCAGGGACUCCUACUUGGUGGCUUGGAGGGUCAUGUUUCUCGUGAUUGCACGAUGGAAGUCAAGGCCAAGUCUUGCUACAAAUGUGGUCAAGAGGGUCACAUUUCUCGCGAUUGCCCUGACGCUGGUGCAGGCGGCGGCAGCUAUGGUGGGGGAUUCUCUAACCAGGAGUGCUACCGCUGCGGCAAACCCGGCCACAUUGCACGCGCAUGUCCUGAGGCCGCAGGAGGCAACUCUAGCUACGGAGGCGGAGGUGGAGGUGGAGGCAAUUAUUCUGCUUUUGGUGGCGGAGGCUCGAAGACUUGGUUUGUCUCUAUUAUGUCCAUCUUACAUUGUACUAAUUCGCCAUACGCAGCUAUACCUGCGGUGGUGUAGGUCAUCUGUCGCGCGACUGCGUUCAGGGCUCUAAGUGCUAUAACUGCUCGGGCGUGGUACGUUGCUCUGCAUAUAAAUGGUUCUUUGGUUCACAUCUGCCGAUUUAGGGCCAC